GUUUUGAGUUGAAAUGAGUUCAGGGCUUACCCCUGAUUCUUACCAAACAGCAACACAAUAUGCGUUUUCGAGCAAGGAUGGUAGACAUUAAUUCCAUACAGCACUUCACACGUGUCUUAGGUACGGUAUCCCGUAUGGCCAAGACGUGUGCCUUGCGGAUGACACCGACAAAACUUUAUUUCAUCCUGGCUGAUAAUGCUGCCCUUGGAGGAGUGUCCAUUUGGUGUGAAGUGACACAGAGCAAUUUCUUUGAAGAGUAUCGCAUUGAAGGAAAGGAUGAGAGCAACAACAUUUACCUUGAAUUGAUCCCAGAAAACCUAAUGCGAGCCAUGAAAUCAGCCAGCAGUGCUCAAGCUGUCAAAAUAAAACUCACUAAAAAACACACACCAUGUUUAACUUUUGAAAUUACAUUGCCAUCCCUCACCAGUCACACAAGAAGUGUAGUACAUGAUGUACCAGUUGGAGUGAUACCUGAGAGAAACUGGGAUGCCUACGAGGAACCUGCCAUGCCUGAAUUUGAUGUGAGUAUCUACAUGCCACCCCUCAAAGUACUUAAGAAUGUGAUUGAACGAAUGAAGACCCUCAGCAGUUUUUUGAUUCUUGCAGCUAAUCAAAAUGGUUACAUGACUCUUGGAAUCGACACAGACUUGGCAUCUGUCACGACGCAUUUCAAGAAUUUGGACACACCAACAUGGGAAGGGGACCCCUCGUCUCAACCCCACAACCGAGAUCCUGACAAGAUGGCAGAGGCAAGGGUUGAUGUCAAGAAACUUGCCACCUUUCUACACAGUCAGCAAGUUAGUCCAAACCGCGUCAUCUGCAAUAUUGUGAACGGGAAGGCGGUACAGUUUCUUCUUCUCCAUGAGGAUCUUUCUCUUCAGUAUGUUAUUCCAGCGGUUUCUCUCUGAUGUUUGAACGAUACUUUAUGGCUUGACAAGGCGCUCUGACGUAAUUGAGGGAUCUGGGGCUGAACACGGCCUUCACUCGUUUGAAGAGAGUUCAUAACGUAUGAUGGGUGUCUCAGUGUGGCACUUGAUGGUAAACUUACGUAUUUCCUACAUUGUUCCGUCGUCAACUCCUUGAGUAAUCUGUCGAUAACCUUUAAUAACUGCAUACAACUUGAAUAAAGGCUGAUAGUUUCUUAAGAAACUGUUUGGGGCUGCGUCGGUGGGGGUAACGAAAUAAUU